AUGCCCCUCGGCGGCGGCCUUCCGGCUGCUGUGAAUAUGUAUCAGAAUGUUAAUGACGAGCCGCUGCUAAAUUUGGUCAAAGGAGUCACUUCGGCAGAGCGUGCUGUGGGAGCGGCGGGGAGCAGCGAUCGGGCUGGACCGGGCUGGGCAGGACACGGCUGGGCUGGGCCGGACCACGCUGCGCUGACGAGCCGAGUACGGGGCUCCGCUCCGCGCGUCGCCGCCGGCACCACCGCCACUUCCCGGAGUUUCGAAAGGCGGUCGAGCAGCACUAGCGGGGGAGAUGCGGUGCGGGCGGUAGCAGCGAAGACCGGACCGCCGCACAAAAGGGCACCGCACCGCACGCACCCCCGCCGCAGCAGCGGAGCAGCCGCCCGACCGCCGCAGCCACCGUCCCCGCCGGGGCUCCGCGGCCCGCUCCGCCCGGCGCCGGGAGAGCCGCCGGCAGCACCAGUAAAAGUUUUCAGGAAGGGAGGAAAACUGCCGGCGGGGGGAAUCUCCGGUGGAGCGCGCGCCGGCGGAGGGGCUUUCCCCGCCCUCCUCCACCUCGCCCUCCGCCGCACGGGGCUCGCAGCCCGCCGGAGCCCGUGGAGAGGCGGCGGCGCUCGGGAGAACCGGCCGGCGUCGCCCGCUGACCGCCCCCGGGGGAUGUGGCAGCGGCCCCCGAGCGUCGCGGACGCCGCCGCCGUCGCGCCUCGCUGCUGCCGGCGGUGCCCCGCCAGCCCCGGGGCGGCGGGGCCGGGGCGUCCCUGCCCGCCGUCUCCGCCGCCGCGCCUGCAGCCCUGA